AUGGACUAUAAUGCUAAUGAUCGAGACCAAGUUCGUAGGGCAUAUUUACAAAAAGGUCCUUGUCAACCUUGUGAUCAUAAUUUUCCACAAAAAUCAUUUGGACAAAAACUUCAGCAAUUUAAUCAGGCCUGGUUCAGUGAAUUUCCUAAUUGGUUGGAGUAUAGCGUAGCAAAAGAUGCAACAUUUUGUUUAUGUUGUUAUCUUUUCAAACCUGAUAUUAGAGAUCAAGCUGGUGGUGAUUCUUUUGUUGCUCGAAUUGGGUAUCAAACCCGUUUGAAUGCAUCGGUUGAUUGUGUCAAAUUUCUUCUAAGACAAGGACUUGCGUUUCGUGGGCAUGAUGUAUCUGAAAAUUCAAGUAACCAAGGAAAUUUUCUUGAACUUCUCAAGUUUCUUGCUGAUCAUAAUGAAUAUGUCAAAGUGGUUGCAUUGAGUAAUGCUCCACAAAAUCUCAAGUUGACAUCUCCUGGUAUUCAAAAAUACAUUGUAAAUGUGGCCACAUUUGAAACUGUCAAUGUGAUUAUUAAAGAUCUUGGUGAUGCACUUUUUUCUAUUUUGAUUGAUGAAGCCCGUGACAUAUCCAUCAAGGAACAAAUGACAGUUACUUGGAUUGAGUAUUUCUUGAUUGCGGGUCAAGGAUAUGAUGGGGCUAGUAAUAUGCAAGCCGUGGCAAAGAAUCAUAAUCAAAUUUCUUUACCUUUCACUUUGGUUUCUAUUGUGGUGAAUGCUAUUGGAGCAUCAUGUAAACGCCGAGAUAUUGUUAGGGAGAAGCAAGCUGUAAAAGUUGAUGAGACACUUAAUAUUCGAGAGCUAUCUAGUGGGCAAGACUUAAAUCAAGAAACUAAUCUUAAACGUGCUUGUGAUACACGUUGGGGUUCACAUUAUGGUACUUUAGUCAGCUUGGCUAGUAUGUUUUCAACAGUGAUUGAUGUGCUUGACAUGAUUUUGAAGGAUGGUUCAAAUUCAGAACAACGAGUAGAAGCAAAUAUAUUGUUGGACUCAAUUCAAUCAUUUGAGUUUGUAUUCAAUCUUCAUUUGAUGAAAAUGAUAUUGGCUAUUACAAUGGAGCUUAUGGUACUUAAUGAUCAAUUUGAUACAUAUAUUAUCGACAUGCUAUCUAGUAGUGAGUUCUCAAUGUUGAAUGAAAUUGCCAAUCUUGCUAAGAAAAUGAUGAAGAUUAGAAGAGACAAACUAUAUCUAUUGGUAUAUUUGCUCUUAACUUUAGUAUUAAUCUUACCUGUUGCAACUGUUACUGUUGAAAAGGUAUUUUCAGCUAUGAAUAUUGUGAAGAAUCGGUUGCGGAAUCGAAUGGGUGAUGAAUGGAUGAAUGAUAGCUUGGUUGUCUACAUUGGGAGAGAUAUUUUUGAUGGCAUUGACAAUGAUACUAUCAUGGAAAGAUUUCAAAAGAUGAAAACUCGUCGGGUCAAUUACGCCUUGCAACAAGAGUUUCUGGAGGACUCAGACUCUGAUGACUCCUCUGCUCCUGAAGACAUUCCGGUUGUUAGUGCAGACCGACCACUUCGGUUGGAGCCCAUGGUAGAGGACCUUCCUAUUGAACAGCCAAAUGAAACCGUGGUUCCAACCGAAGGCAUCCUGGCAACCGAGAGUGAGCUUCCUCUUGAAACCGGUCUUCAAGUUGGUGGUGAUGCGGCUUUUGACACCGAAAUUGAAGAACUUUUUUCCUGA